UAAUGAAUACGAAAACCCAUUAAAGAAUUCUCACCUUCAUAAAAAAAUAUAAAGACGAGUAAAUGCAUUAUAUUUAAGUUUAGAUUGAGCCCAUCUACUGGAAUUGAUGAAUUUGCCGAUUUAUUGAACGAAUGUUUUUCAUCAUUCAAUUCAGAUUCAUCAAGAAGAGAAAAGGUUGAUUUAAUGCUUGAAAAUCUUGUUUUAGAUGAUGAUAGCAAACUUGUUGAAGGAGGUAAGAAAAAUGAAUUAUAAAAAAGAUUUAUAAAAAUAUGUGGAGAGAUUAAUUGAUUUCGUUGAAGGACAAAGUGAUGAUCCAUUAGAAAAAAAUAAUCUUAAGCAACGAAGUUCUUCAGGUAGUUCAGAUGAGGAUGAUAAUAGAGGUCAUAAUAAAUAAUAAAAUAAACAUAAAAGAGAUAGAAGCAGAGAUAGAGAAAAGAAUAAAAAAUCCAAAAAAAAUUAAAAAAAUACAAACAUUAUUUCAGAAUUAUAAAAAGCAUUAGGAAAAGAUAUGAAUAUUAAAGAUUUACUUUCAUCCAUAGCCAAUAAUAAUAAUCGUAAAUAAUAACACAAUAAUAAUAAUAAAAAUAUUGUCUUUUUACAAAAUGUACCUAGAGAAAUGAGAUCAUAUACAGAAAUAGAAUCAUUACUUUAAGGCAGAGGAGAAUUAACCAAAAUUCAAUUAUUAGGAAGGUAAUUAUUAAAUUUAAUUUUAGAGUUCCUUCUGUCUAAUUUAAGAAUCAUAGUGAUGCCUAAGCUUUAAUUGAUAAAUUUAUAGUUCAUAAAGGAGUUAAAAUUGAGUUUACUUAAAGUUUAAAUAAAGUAUAUAAAUAAUGUUAUAAAAUAAUAGCAGUAACACUAAGAUGAUAAUAAGAAUAAUAAAAUUAUUGUAUUAGAUAAAGAAGGAAAAAAAGUAUCUAACCAAUCUAGUUAACCAGCAGCUCCUCUCUAAUAAUAAUAAUAAUAAUAAGUUAUCUAAAAAUAAGACUCAAAAAUGGAAGAAGAAACUGAUUAAAAAAAAAGCAAAGAAGAACAAGAAUAAAAUAAUCAAAUUGAAUAAAUUAAAGGAUAAGCUAAAACAUUAAUUGUAGAUAAAUUAAGAUUAGCUUUAUUAUUAAUAAAAAGGAAGGAUAAUUAUCCUCCUUAAUUAAGUGUUGAAAUUGAUGAAUUAAAAAAGUAAUAAAUUAAAUAAAACUUAGAUUUUUAACCUAGAAGAAGGAUGAGAUAUCUAAAAUGAAUUCUUUGGAAUAACUCAAAACAGAAUUACAAUGGUUAAACGAGAACUAUGAUUACACUUUAUUAAUUACUCAAAUACCAGAAUAACUAUUUAAAGAUAAGACUGUUACUAAGGUACUAAAUGAAGAAUUCUAAGUAAUCAUUUAAAUAAUUUCUUAGAAAUAUGGAAAAAUUGAUAAUUUAUAAAUCAAAAUCAAAGAUAAAGCUGCUCAUCUUAAAUUCUUCAGUUUUGAUUCAGCAGAAAAAGUAUUUGAAUUUUAUUAUUUUAGGCUUAUUAUCAAGCAAACGAAAAUUCUAAUUUAAAGGUUGAGUUUUUAAAUUAAGGAAUUAAAAAGGUACUUAUUGCCUAAAGCUGAA